AUGGCUGUAGCACGCCCGUCGCUAAACCGGCCAGGUGCAAGUCGGAGCAACGUGCCUUUGUUGAAAGAAGAGCGUCGUGGACGGCCGCAGAACGCAACGUUUGCCAGCUCCGCGACGAGUAGAGCUGUUUCUGACGCGAGCCGACGGUCUUCUUUCCGAAGUAAGACCCCGGAUUACGAUUCCACUCGCGCUACCCGUCGGAAAUAUAUCAUCGCCUCUGUCUUUCUGAUCCUGAGUUUGAUCAGCUUCACUGUCCAAACACAGACAGCUGUGUUUAUCCAACAGGAGCUUGGGUGGGAUAAACCAUAUUGCAUGCUUUACAUGACCCAUGGCUCGUGGAUCUUCCUAUGGCCGGUUCAACUCCUGAUCCUCCGGUUCCAAAAGCGGCAUUUAUCCUGGGCCGCAUUCUGGCGCCGACACGUACAUAUUUUAUGGACGACCGCGCAGAUGGUAGAAUCCCAGGAUCUCCAUCUUACUUCUCGCGAUACCCACAAAUCCCCUAUUCGGUACAUACUAAGGACGGUUGCUCUCGUCACGACUGCCCUCACGGUUGCGGGAGGGUCAUGGUACGUGGCUGUCAACUUGACUACGGGCAGUGACUUGACCGCGAUUUAUAACUGUUCCGCUUUCUUCGCCUAUGCAUUCUCGAUCCCUCUGUUGAACGACAAAUUGCGGUUUGACAAGGUAUUUUCCGUCGGAAUUGCCAUUGUUGGAGUUAUCAUUGUCGCCUAUGGUGGUGGUCACUCCGAGGGUGUACCACCAACUGAAUCGGAAGCAGAGAAAGCGUCAAAUCGGACACUAGGGAAUCUUAUCAUUGGCGUUGGAAGUGUGCUUUACGGACUUUAUGAAGUUCUGUACAAGAAACUCGCUUGUCCCCCUGAAGGCACGAGUCCCGGGCGAGGCGUCAUUUUUGCGAACACAAUCGCAAGUUUGAUCGGUGCCUUUACACUGCUCGUGCUCUGGAUCCCUUUGCCUGUACUUCAUGUGCUUGGAUGGGAAAGAUUUGAAUGGCCGCAAGGCGAAGCAAAGUGGCUUCUUUUCAUUUCAACCCUCUCCAAUGCUACAUUCUCCGGCUCCUUCCUGGUUCUCAUUUCCCUCACCUCCCCUGUCCUCUCCUCCGUUGCUGCCCUCCUUACCAUCUUUCUUGUUGCCCUUGUGGAUUGGAAGAUGAAUGGCAAGCAGCUUAGCGGCGCAUCGAUAACAGGCGGGAUCCUGAUUAUUAUUGCAUUCUUGAUGCUGAGCUGGAGCACAUAUCGCGAAAUGGACGAGGAGAGACGACGGAGGUUGGAGGAAGAAGGCUCAGACACAGAAACCGAUGAGUAA